AUGGAGAGUCAAACUCAAACUCAACCUCAUAUCCUAGUACUUCCAUACCCUAUACAAGGUCACAUAAACCCAAUGCUCCAAUUCUCAAAGCGCCUAGCCUCAAAGGGUCCUAGAGUUACAUUAGUAGCUACCACCACUAUUAGUGAGUCAGUGAAAGCCAUAGCCAGCCACACUAUCAACGUAGAAAUCAUCUCUGAUGGCUCUACAGAAAAUAAAACUUUUGACACCAGUGACAGUGAUGAAUACUAUGAAAACUUCAGAGUGACAGUCUCUCAAAGCUUGACAAAGCUGAUUGAAACCCAAAAAAGUACCAAACACCCUCCAAAAUUUGUUGUGUAUGACGCAGUCAUGCCAUGGGCUCUAAACAUAGCUCGGGAACUAGGCUUAGAUGGUGCUCCAUUUUUCACUCAGUCUGGUGCUGUUAAUGCAAUCUAUUAUCAUGGCUAUAAAGGAACACUAAAGUUGCCCUUAGAAGAGCCUACAGUAUCACUGCCCUCGAUGCCAUUACUAGGAGCCAAUGAUCUACCUUCUUUCAUGGCUGAUGCUGGCACAUACCGAGCUUUAUUUAGCACCUUAUUGAACCAAUUAUCGAAUAUUGAUGAAGCAAAUUGGAUCUUUCGUAACACCGUCUAUGAGUUGGAAGAUGAGGUAGGCUAA